AUGCUCAAUCUUGAGCCCAUUGGAAAAUCGACAUUGCUGUCGUUCGGUGAGACACGUGUUCUCAUUGACUUUGCUCUUGAUUCGCAAGAAGCCGCCGAGCGAGGAGAUAGCUUCUUUGAGACUCUCAAUCUCGUGCUCUUCACACACGCCAAUGCAGCUCACCUGGGAGCAUAUGCUCUUGCUUGCAAGUUGUAUCCUGCCCUGGCGGCUGUUCCGGCCUAUGGAACGCUUCCGGUGAUCAAUAUGGGCCGAAUCGCCACUCUGGAGGCCUACAGAAGCCAGGGACUACUUUCAUCAGAACACAUCACAGCCACGGAGAUCGAAAUCAUCUUUGACAACAUUACAUCCAUCAAGUACCUGCAACCGAUUGGUAUUGGGGUGCGAAGCAAGGGGGAGGUGGCAACGACGGCUACGGAGGAUGGAAACAGCACUGAACUGACGACUACACAGGUGACUACACAUGAGACGUUAACCAUCACGGCUUUCAACUCGGGUCACUCGUUGGGUGGAACUAUUUGGAGACUUCAACAUCAACAAGACAAUGUGGUGUAUGCUGUUGACUGGAAUCACGCUAAGGACUCGCAUUUGUCUGGAGCUGCGUUUCUACAAAAGGGAGGCCAGAUCGUCAGUGCUCUGCAUAGACCCACAGUCAUGGUUUGUGGUAGUCAGACUGGUCUGAGGCUCAAGCGACGAGACAUUCUGCUGUGGAGCAGUAUCCAAAAAGCUUUGAAACGGGGAGGAUCAGUUCUGUUGCCUACUUCUGUGGGUUCACGUGUUCUGGAGGUGAUCCACAUGCUGGAUGAUCUAUGGACCAACAAUCAGAACAGUCAGCAAGGAGUCACCCUGGUUCUGCUUACUCAUCUGGGUGCUCGACUUCUGGAGUACGCUUCUUCGAUGCUGGAGUGGAUGUCUCCAUCUAUCAUUGCCGAGUGGGAGAAGAAGAACGAGUCUCCCUUUCAGACCCGCAAUUUCAAAAUUGUGCAUUCUAUGGACCAGUUUGACAAGGUGGUCAAGGGUGGAAACGGCCAGUUUGUCGUUGUUUCUGUGGGAGAAGAUCUGGAGUCUGGUUUCUCGAGAUUGCUGUUCAACCGGCUGGCUAGUGACGAACGAAACAGUGUUUUGUUUACAGAGAGAAGUGAGGGUAAUUCUCUGGCUACAGAGCUGCAGGACAAGUGGGAGAAGACGGAAAGAGAUGGAAACUCCGCGAAGAUGGACUUCCAAACAACCCUCAAGAUGCCUACUUACACUCCUCUGUCCGAAGCCGAAAUGAAGGAAUACAGGACGACCGUGGAGAGUCAACAGAAGGAUCUACAAAUGGUCAAGGCGAUGGAGCUGCGUAACAAGGAGCUUCUUGAGGAGGCCGAAGCCGAGGAGAUGAUGGACUCUUCAGACGAUGAAGAUGUAUCUCGAAUGCAAGGAUCUGGUCAGGAGUAUGGUUUCUUACACGGAACAGUGCUCGAUGUGGACGUCAGAGACGCUGUUGGGUCGUUGCGAAACUUUCCAUUCUAUCAGAAGCGUCAACGAGUGUCUGAAUACGGUAUUCCUAUCCAUCCGUCCGACUUUGCACGUGUGGAGGAACGACCCGAAGUUGCAUGGAAGGAGCGAGAUCGAAAUGAAUUUGACAGUGACGAGCCUCGAAAGCGACAGAGACGACGAACAAAGGCUGCUGCCGAGGAGCAGGAAGAACGGGUGGUGGAAGAUGCAGACGAUGCACCUGAGACUAUCACUUCCCUUGAUAAUCAGCCCAUUAGAGUUAGCUACGAAGAUGUGGAUCUCAACAUUAUCUGUCACGUUGACUUCGUCGAUCUCUCUGGUCGUAUUGAUGAGCGAUCCCUCGGUAUGAUUAUGCAUUCUAUUCAUCCCAAGAAGCUUCUUCUUUUGGACGAUUCUCGACGAGCUGAUGAUCUCUGUUCAUAUCUCAAGCGAGAAGACGACACAGACGUUCAUGUGCUUCGAGGACUUACUACUGCCGGCACGCAUUCAUUUGCAGUUGAUAUCCAGCUCACCCCUGAGCUGUCUCGCCUGCUCAAUUGGCAGCAACUUUCCGGCGGCCUGUCUUUGGCCCAUGUGGUGGGUAAGGUUGCCAAGAACGAAGAUAAGUCGGAAGACACGCCCCUAGCUGCAUUGGCUCUGCAACCCAUUGUCGAUGCUGCCGAUCUGGCAGUUGCUCCUCGAAUUGAGCCUCUUCGAGUUGGCGAUAUUCGUCUCGCGGAGCUCAAACAGGCCCUGGGCAAGUUGGGAUUCCGAGCCGUCUUCCAAGCUGGAGGAGUGUUGGUGGUUGAUGGCAAGGUUAGCAUUCGCAAAGUGGACGAGUCUAAUCUGGUGGUUGAUGGUGGAAUUGGUUCUGAUUUCUACGCCAUCAAGGAGGUGGUUCGGGCUCAAUUGGCUCAGAUUGGUUAG